AUGGAAUAUUCUGCUCCUAAUACCCCAUCUCGAGAUAUAAAAACCUUGCCGAGUACUCCUCCUGGAGAAGAUUACGAAACCAUCGCCACCCUUCCUGCGACAACUCCAUCGCAAAGAUUGACCCAACCAACACAACUACUUGAGCAUCCUUACACGCGCUACAAUAAUACUGUUAUUCAAGUUGCUGCAUCGUCCCCGAUAGGCCCACUUUCCUCCCCACCUCGCCGCAGCCAAGGCGGCGUGCUUUCAUCCUUAAUCGCUCCUUCUGGGACGCAAUUCCGCCCUCCUGCCGCAGGACCUACGAAGCGCACGCCAAAGUUUGACCUUGACGACGGGCCUACAUACCGAGGUGGUUCUUCAGACGAAGAGUCUCACCUGCAAAGCACUGAUAUCAAACCGUCUAUGUUUGAGAAAACCGUUCGGAGUCCUGAGAACGAAAAAAUCAUGGAGUCCCCCCUCCGCCCCGAUGCCGCCUCAUUGGACCGGUUCCGAGAGAUUACGGCUUCUGCCAUGUAUGAUCCCAAAAAUGCCGCGACCGCAGUCAAGCGGUCCGCAGACCACAUGAGCCCUCCGGCAACCAAAGGAGUUGCCAUGAAAAAAGCCCGACAAGAUGCGCCCGCUCGCGCACAGCCUGUAGGAGUUCCUGACAUUCUUUUACAUGAAAUCCAAGACUUCAGAAUGCGUGUCAAAGUUGAGCGCAUUCUCAAAGUCAUGCCGCAUAUGACUGUUCGAAUUUGCCAAGAAGCGAUCUUGAAGAGUAAGGGCAACUAUGACGAUGCGCUCCAAUACCUCGCCAACACGGAUGCUGCCGACAAGGAGAACAACGCAGUGGUGAUUGAUUCCUCCGAUGAUGAAUUGAGCGCUGGGCCGGCUUCAGGCCCCGUUCCCAUGGCGAAACAGAACAUCAAGGCUCGUGGGACCAUUCAGGACAAGUGGGCCGCAAUGAAACAGCCCAAGGGCCAGGAGUCCGACGACGAAGGAAAGCCUCGCCGCCGGCUCAUUCGCGGUCCCAAGUCUGAGAAUUCUUCUCGUGCUAUUUCCCCUGUUCGCACUGUUGUUACUAUCGAAUCCGAUGACAGUGCCCCCAAGAAGAAGCUGGGACGGCUUCAGAAGGGCCGCAGGGCUCCUUCUCCCGAUCGAUCGGAGUCACCCGAGGCUAUGAUGAGUGAUUCGGACGAUUCGACCGUCCAGGUUCAAGGAUCCACCGCUGGCGGUCUGGAUCUCAAGGUCUUGAAAUUUUUCAACACUUGCCGGGUUCGUGAUCUAGCCGAUAUCGCUUCUAUCCCCGAGGAAACUGCCCAGAUUAUCAUCGAAAACCGCCCAUACAACUCCCUUGAUGAAGUUCGUGUUGUCUCUGCUCCAGUUGUUGAGACUGUAAAGCCCAAGGGCAGACGGGGAGGCAAGGCCCCCAAGCCCAUUGGAGACAAGAUUGUCGACAAAUGUGUUGAUAUGUGGACGGGAUAUAUGGCAAUUGAUGCGCUUGUCAGCGAGGUUGAGACCCUUGGCAAGCCAGUCGCCGAAGAGAUGAAGAAAUGGGGCGUCGACACCUUUGGAAAGAAGGGUGAUCUGGAAAUGACCACCAUUGCUCCUUCCAAGUCCGAACAUGACUCGGGCAUUGCCACUCCAGCAUCUGAACGCCAGUCCCCCGAAAGCGACGAAGAAAGCGGCAGACUCGUGGCCUCCAAGCGCAAAUCUCGUUUUAUUUCACAACCUUCUAUCAUGGCUGAUGAUCUGGUUAUGAAGGAUUACCAAAUUGUGGGAAUCAACUGGCUGGCACUGUUGUUUGAAAAGAGACUGAGCUGCAUUCUGGCCGACGACAUGGGUCUGGGCAAGACUUGUCAAGUCAUUGGUUUCCUUGCGCAUCUGUUUGAAAAGGGCAUCAAGGGUCCUCAUCUGGUUGUUGUCCCAUCUUCUACCAUUGAGAACUGGCUUCGUGAAUUCCAGAAGUUCUGUCCGACUUUGACUGUCAUGCCCUACUACGCUAAUCUCAACGAGCGUGCUCUCAUCCGCGACGAGAUUGAGGAGAGACGUGAUGAAAUUAAUGUCGUGAUCACCACGUACACCAUCGCCAAGGCAAAGCUUGAUGCCAAGUUUUUGCGUGACAUGGACUUCACUGUCUGUGUUUACGACGAAGGACAUAUGCUGAAGAACCAUCAAUCUCAGCUAUAUGAGAAAUUGAUUCGCAUUCGCGCGCGUUUCCGUUUACUGCUCACCGGUACCCCCCUCCAAAACAACCUGCAAGAGCUGGCAUCGCUUCUUGGGUUUAUUCUUCCCUCUGUCUUCCAAGAGCACAAAGAAGACCUCCAUGCAGUAUUCUCAAACAAGGCCAAAACGACUGACGAGUCCCACGCCACUCUCCUGUCUGCGCAGCGUAUUGAACGCGCGAAGUCAAUGAUGAAACCUUUUAUCCUUCGAAGAAAGAAGCACCAGGUUAUUGAUCUUCCAGCCAAGCAUUCCCAUGUCGGUUGGUGUCAAAUGAAAGAAUCUCAAGUCAAAAUCUACGACCAUGAAAAAGACCAAGUGCGCCAGCUAUUGGAAGACCGUGCUGCUGGAAAGAAGACCGGCUCAAAAUCUGCCAAUAUCCUCAUGAAGCUACGCCAAGCUGCGAUUCACCCUCUCCUUGCUCGUCGUCACUACACCGAUGAGAUUUUACACAAGAUGGCUAAGGCCUGCUUAAAGGAAGACAAGUGGUCGCUUUCUGACCCUAAGAUCAUCUUUGAGGAACUCAUGCCUUACAAUGACUUCGAGUGCCACCACAUGUGUGUGGAGAACCCGAACUCUCUUGGGAAAUUCAAGCUCAAGAAUGACGAGUGGAUGGAUUCCGGCAAAGUUGAGCAUCUCAAAGAGCUUCUCACUCGUUUCAUCGCCAACGGCGACCGCACCCUCAUUUUCUCCCAAUUCACUAUGGUCAUGGACAUCCUCGAGCACGUCCUGGAGACCCUGAAGAUCGAGUUUGUCCGCCUGGAUGGCCGCACCAACGUCGAGGACCGCCAGUCCAUCCUCGAUGCCUUCCACGAACGCACCGAGAUCCCUGUUUUCCUCUUGUCCACCAAGGCUGGCGGUGCCGGUAUCAACUUGGCCUGUGCCAAUCGCGUCGUCAUCUUCGAUUCUUCCUUCAAUCCCCAGGAAGAUGUUCAAGCGGAAAACCGCGCGCAUCGCGUCGGACAAACGCGCGAGGUCGAGAUUUACCGCCUGGUGACCAAGGGCACCAUCGAGGAGCAAAUUUACGCCCUCGGCCAGACUAAGCUGGCACUUGACCAGGCGGUGGCAGGGGAGGACGAGACCGGUAGCAAAAAGAGCGAGGAGGCCGGCAUCAAGGUUGUUGAGGAGAUGAUGAGGGCUGAGCUGCAGGUGAAAGCAGCAUAG